UCAAUUUAGACACCGGUUUCUGUGCAUGAGACACCUGAUCUAGUAAACAAAGAAAAUCAUUGUAUAUCUUGCUACAUCAAUAUUUCUGGUUUUUUAGCACUCUGUUAAGGAGCACGUGGACACGCGCGGGUAAAAGAUAUCAAUCGUUUCUCGUGGGAAAAAUUGUGUGCAUUUCGCUUUGCGAUUCAAGACGAUGUCUGGAAAAUCGGCUGUAAAAAUCGGGACGCACGACGGCACUUUCCACUGUGACGAGGUGCUCGCCUGCGCGAUACUCAAGCUGCUACCACAGUACAAAGACGCUUCUAUAGUGAGAUCUCGAAACCAGAGUGUCUUAGAUUCCUGUGAUAUUGUAGUAGAUGUUGGUGGAGAGUACAAUCCUUCUAGGCAUCGGUAUGACCAUCAUAUGAGAGACUUUCGGGAAUCGGUGAGUACUGUUAUAAAAAAAAAACCAGGAUAUCAUUGGACCAUAAAAUUAAGCAGUGCGGGUUUGAUUUACUGCCACUUUGGUCACGAUAUAUUAAGAAGUGUGCUUCCGGAAGUAACGGAGGAUCGAGUUAUUGAAGAAGUUUUUAGGAAGGUUUAUGAUAGUUUAAUUAAAGAAAUUGACGCCAUAGACAACGGUAUACCGAUGUAUGAUGCGGAACCAAUAUAUCGAAUAGUCACUGAUCUGAGUGCGCGUGUAAGCAGAUUGAAUCCUCAAUGGAAUAACAGAGACACCGUGAAUGUCGACGAACGCUUUGAAAAAGCUAUGGCUCUGGCUUUGGAGGAAUUUUUGGAAUUUGUGCAUUAUUCGAAAAAUGUUUGGCUGCCAGCGAGAGAUGUCGUGCGGAAUGCCAUAAAAAAUCGAUUUAACGUCGAUCCCAGCGGUGAAAUAAUAGAAUUGUCGCAAAUGGCACCGUGGAAGGAGCAUCUGUCUCAGCUGGAGAGAGAAAUGAAGGUUUCGCCGCCCAUAAAGUACACUAUCUUCGAAUCCGACAAUGCUUAUCGGGUUCAGUGCGUGCCAGUGACACCGGGAAGUUUCGUCUGCAGGAUGUUUUUGCCAGAAAAGUGGGGUGGUUUGAAGGAAGAUGAGCUUGUGAAGGCCUGCGGAAUUGAGGGCGCGAUAUUCGUACAUUCUGUUCGAUUUAUCGGCGGGAACAAAAGCAGAAACGGCGCGUUGGCAAUGGCACGGAAAGCGCUCGAAAUCGGAAAGACCGCUCGUCAGAUCAAUUGACAGCGUCCCGAUCGCUAAUUUUAGAGAAAUUUGUUUGUUAUUAUCAGGUUCUUUUUCUAGGUAGUUCAAAUCGAAUCAUUUAUUUACUAUUUUUUACUUAUGCAAAACACAAGCAUAUUUUUUUACAUUAAAAUCAUAAUAGAAGAGGAAGGAGAAAAAAAUGUGUGAAAUUGCCACACAUGCAUGUUACACAUAUUUACGAAUGUGUUCGCUUUAUAUUAGGAAAUUAGUACAUCGCAUAAUAUAUAUACACAGGUAUAUAAUAUACAUUCUUCUGAAAACA